UCGUCAAUUUCAACCAAGUACUAGAACCUUAUUCUCUCUCUACCCUGUCCAUCUCUGUCUCUUAAUAGGGGAUGCAACAGAAAGAGAAAGAGAGUGUCAUAUGGGGACUUGCUUCAGUUCUUCUUCUGUUAACCACAGCCCUACUACAACGGGCCAUUCUAGUUCAGGGAUAUUCUCUAUUGAAGGCAGCAACGGAUCCGGUAAUAGCCGGUUUUGGAGUGCCAGCGGAGGCGAUGACAUGUUGUAUCCGAAUGGGCAGAUCUUGGCCACUCCCAACUUGAGGAUAUUCUCUUUUGCAGAACUAAAGGCUGCAACCAGAAACUUCAGAAGUGAUACAGUGUUGGGAGAAGGAGGUUUUGGCAAGGUAUACAAGGGUUGGCUUGAUGACAAGUCAACUUCAAAAAAUGGUAGUGGAUCAUCUGUCAUUGCUGUCAAGAAGUUGAAUCCUGAAAGCAUGCAAGGGUUCCAAGAGUGGAAGUCUGAGGUAAACUUCCUGGGAAGGCUUUCCCACCCUAACCUUGUUAAGUUAUUGGGAUACUGUUGGGAGGAGAGAGAGCUACUACUUGUCUAUGAAUUCAUGCAAAAAGGCAGCUUGGAGAACCAUCUUUUUGGAAGGAGCUCAGCUGUUCAGACACUGCCAUGGGACAUAAGGCUUAAGAUAUUAAUAGGAGCAGCUCGAGCCCUGGCAUUCUUGCACACGUCAGAGACACAAAUAAUUUAUAGAGACUUCAAGGCCUCAAAUAUCUUGCUUGAUGGGUCCUACAAUUCCAAGAUAUCAGACUUUGGAUUGGCAAAAAUGGGGCCCUCGGCUAGCCAGUCACAUGUGACAACAAGGGUUAUGGGGACAUAUGGCUACGCUGCUCCUGAAUAUGUUGCUACAGGGCAUUUGUACGUGAAGAGCGAUGUGUAUGGCUUUGGUGUUGUAUUGGUUGAAAUGCUAACUGGUUUACGAGCACUAGAUACAAAUCGUCCGAGUGGGCAGCAUAAUCUGAUUGUUUGGGUCAAGCCACUUUUAUCUCACAGAAGAAAGUUGAAGGACAUAUUGGACUCCCGGUUGGAAGGAAAAUAUCCUUCCAAGGCUGCGGCACAAAUAGCGCAACUUGCUUUAGCAUGCCUGGGACCUGAACAAAAAACCAGACCAUCGAUGAAAGAAGUUGUAGAGACGCUGGAACGAAUUAAUUCUGCUAAAGAAAAACCAAAGGUGCCUAGAAUAAACACUACACAUCCGACAGCUUAUCGACAUAGCCAGCCAUCUUUGCACCAUCCUUCACCCCUUCACCCUAGACAAGGUGGAAAUCGAGCCUACCAACAGGCUCCACGGGCAUGGUAACCUCCAUACUACCCAAAUGCACGCGGACAGCAGCCCUCUGAACAAUUGUCCUAAUUGUUUCACUGUAAUGAGUUAUGUUCUUCUUGUAGUUGUUGUGAUGGUGGCUUUUAUUGAACAAGAUGAGAAAGCUAGAAGUAAAACUGUAAUUAUUUUUGCCCGUAUAGUGAGCUUUGCUUGAUGAUUUGUUAGCAAAGCCACUAUUCAUAAAUUAGGGAGAAUUUUAUUUGUGCGCUAGAACUCUUGCAUCCUCCUGUUUAGCCUCAAAUUUUGGGAUAAUGUCAAUAAAAGGA